UGGACUGACAGUAUCGAGGCCUGUGGAUUUAACAUUUUCCGAAUUUUAGAAACACCACCCCUGUCUGGACAGAUAGUGGCGGGGAUGCGGCAUCGACAUGGGAAAUCUUUUCGGGAAAAAGAAAGCAACUCGGGUGACCGAGCAAGACAGAGCUGUGCUGCAACUGAAACAGCAGAGAGAUAAACUGAAGCAGUAUCAGAAGAGGAUCACGCUUCAGAUGGACAAGGAGCGACAACUGGCCAAACAGUUACUGAAAGAUGGCAAGAAAGAUAAAGCACUCCUACUCCUGAAGAAGAAACGCUACCAGGAUCAGUUACUGGAAAAGACAGAAAAUCAAAUUAGUAACCUGGAGCGAAUGGUACAAGAUAUUGAAUUUGCACAAAUAGAGAUGAAAGUUAUUGAAGGAUUGAAAGUUGGCAAUGAUUGCCUAAAGAAAAUGCAUGAGGUGCUGUCUAUAGAGGAGGUGGAGAAAAUCAUGGAUGAAACACAUGAUGCCAUUGAGUAUCAGAAGCAAAUUGAUGAGAUGCUGGCAGGAUCUCUGACCCAGGAGGAUGAGGAGGCUGUGCUAGCAGAGCUGGAGGCCAUCACUCAGGGAGAAGCUGACCUUGAACUUCCUGAGGUGCCUGGAGAAGAGCUACCAGAGGUUCCAGAGCAAGAGCCAGUGCGGGAGAAGGAGAGGGUGAAAAAGAAGCCAGAGCGUGAGAUGGUGGCAGUGUAAAUACAGAUUUGUCCACCUGCCAUCUGUCGUAUCUCCACGUCUGCUCUCGAGCCGUUCCACUGGACCCCAAGGGCUCAUCCCAAACAAAACCCCUCAUACAUGUUGAAGACCCUACAUCCAUGCCAUUUUUUAAAAACUUGUACAUACACAGCAUACUGUACGCCAUUUAGUGUAGUAAUACGAUCAUUUUGAAGAAGAUGCUCUUAACAGUGCCUGGUCUUUCUAAUCACCCUACAGUUUUUGUCUGAUCUUGUAACUAUACAUCAAAGGCGUAUCAUUCUAAUGCAUGCAUCACUUUUAUUAUAACAGUCUGUUUAAUUGAUGAAUCAUUACACUAUGGUUUGUCACACAAAACUGAAGCAUUUCCAUUAUGGGCGUAAAUUUGUACAAACUUUAUAGUGUCCUGUAAAAUGAUAUUAAAAGCUACACCUAUGACAAGCCUGGUUUAAACGUGAUUUAAGCAAGUUUAAGACAGCCGCCCGCCAUGUCGAUAUGAAGUUUACCUCUACUGUAUAUACUGUAGAUAUACACUCACCGGCCACUUUAUUAGGUACAGCUGUCCAACUGCUUGUUAACUCAAGUUUCUAAUCAGCCAAUCACAUGGCAGCAACUCAAUGCAUGUAGACAUAGUCAAGAUGAUCUGCUGCAGUUCAAACCGAGCAUCAGAAUCGUGAGGAAUGGUGAUUUUAGUGACUGAAUGUGGCAUAGUUGUUGGUGCCAGACGGGCUGGUCAAAGUAUUUCAGAAUUUUCACGCACAACCAUCUCUGAGGUUUACAGAGAAUGGUCCAAAAAAGAGAAAAUUUCCAGUGAGUGGCAGUUCUGUGGGUGCAAAUGCCUUGUUGAUGUCAGAGGAGAAUGGCCAGACUGGUUCGAGAUGAUAGAAAAGCAAGAGUAACUCGCUUGGUAGAACCGAGGUAUGCAGAAGAGCAUCUCUGAACACACAAAACGUCCAACCUUGAAGCAGAUGGGCUACAGCAGCAGAAGACAACACUGGGUGCCACUCCUGUCUGCUAAGAACGGAAAACUGAGGCUACAAUUCACACAGGCUCAUUGAAAUUGGACCAUAGAAGAUUGGAAAAACGUUGCCUGGUCGAUGAGUCUUAAUUUCUGCUGCAAUAUUUGGAUGGUAGGGUCAGAAUUUGUCGUCAACAACAUGAAAGCAUGGACCCAUCCUGCCAUGUAUCAACGGUUCAAGCUAGUUUUCUUGGCACUUUUUGGGCCUAUUAGUACCAAUUAAGCAUCAUGUCAACACCACAGCCUACCUGAGUUUUGUUUCUGACCAUGCCCAUCUCUUUAUGAACACAUUGUACCCAUCUCCUGAUAGUUACUUCCAGCAAGAUAACGUGCCAUGUCAUAAAAGUACGAGUCAAGCAUACUAGCAAGGUGUACCUAAUAAAGUGGCCACUAAGUGUACACCUUAUUGAAUCUGGUCAACAGUUCUGUUUAUAAUCAUCGUAUGCUGCACACACAGUUUUUAUGAAGUCUGCAUACAUAAGAUACAAGGAUAGAAUCUAUCCUAAGCAAAUGGCACUGCAACCCUCCGCAUUUCUUUGUCUUAUUAUGGUUUUGUAACUAACACUGAUUCAUUUCAAUUCAUACAUCCCCAUGUCAGCUCUCCCAGUAGUGUACUUUAAAGUCAGCGUUCAGUAUAUUACUUUAUGCUCUGUCUUUCUAGUUUUGUAAAUCUUCAACAAUAAAUUUUAUGUAAUCA